AUGGCGGAGGAGACGCCCAACCUCCUCCAGCCGCCCUCAGGUCUCUGCACCAAGCCAGGCGUGAAUGAGGAAAGGUUUUGUUGUGACUCCUCUGGCAAGGAGCAGCACCGAAAUAAGCGCAGCUCGCUGGUGAGCCUGCUGCUGAUUGGAAUUGCAGCAUGGGGAAUCGGCUUUGGCCUCAUCUCUAGUUUCAGAGUUGUCGGAGUGGCAAUUGCAGUAGGAAUCUUCCUCUUCCUUAUUGCCUUAGUUGGAUUAAUUGGUGCGGUGAAACAUCAUCAAGUAUUGCUAUUCUUUUACAUGAUUAUUCUCUUGCUAGUCUUUAUUGUCCAAUUGUCUGUCUCCUGUGCCAGUUUGGCACUAAACAAGGAACAGCAGAGUCAACUUCUAGAGGUGGGAUGGAAUAACACUAACAGCGCAAGAACAGAUAUUGAGAGAAAUCUGAAUUGUUGUGGAUUCAGAGUUUUUGAUCCCAAUGAAACCUGCUCCUCUGAUUGUUUUAGAAGUCACCAGUGUCAACCAUGUGCACCGAUAAUAGAAGAAUAUUCUGGUAUGGUGCUGAGAUUUGUUGGAGGCAUAGGACUCUUCUUCAGUUUCACAGAGAUUCUGGGAGUCUGGCUGACAUAUAGAUACAGGAACCAAAAGGAUCCCCGUGCAAACCCUAGUGCAUUUCUUUGAUAAGUUUGUAAAGGACUGAACCUUCUCUCUGCACCCUCUACUUCAAAAUACUGAUUCUCCAUAGUUUGCUAUUUCUCCAUAGUAGGUAUUCUGCAAGUACCCAAAAGAAAACUUUAUUUCCGUAAGAAAUUUGUAGUUUUCAUAGUUAAUUUCCCACUAUUUUUCUUCUAAGAACCCCUAUCUUGAAGUAGACUGGUGCAUUCAGUAGCUGGGCAGAGCCAGACUGCUGCUCUGGGCUGGUUAAAUAACUCUGUUAGGACUCUGAUAAUUGAUGUGGUGAACUCUAUACAGUGAAUUUUAUAGCACUACUGGCUUCUCUGGUGUCCAAAAAAACCCAAAAGUAUUUUCUGCUGUAUUCACUGAUUAAAAAAAUUCCUGUGAUUA